AUGGUGCUUGCCGAGCAAGACACUGUUUUAGGUCUUUUCGCUGGGCCAGUGAUUUGCUGGCCCGACCAUAUCGCGGUAGACGAUGGGCGCAAGGGCUCGAGGACAUACCGACAACUGGACAAAGAGUCCACCGACCUGGCAGCGUCCUUGAAGGCCAACGGAGUGAGACCAGGCCACAUAGUGCCUAUCGUUACCACCACCUGCAUACAGAUGGUGGUAGGGAUCCUUGGCAUUAUGAAAGCGGGCGCUGUGUAUGUCCCCAUCGACCGAGAACGAUGUCCCCGUCACCGCAUAGAGUAUGUGAUAAACAAAAGCCAAGCCAAGAUCGUGCUAUAUACGGGAACUGAGUUCUCCGCCGGUCAGGCAAGAGCAAUUCGCCUACCGAUGGCUUCGGUCUCUCCUGAUUAUAACGACCAGGUAGCCAAUCGCAUCGACGAUGUUCUCGCUAUCAUAUUCACUUCUGGGACAACGAAUAAACCCAAAGGUGUCCGGGUCAGAAGCAGCUCAGUAGCGCGCUUUGUGACUUCUCCAGGGUUUAACUACGAUGUUACGCCGGCUGAUCGGGUCUUGCUGGUCUUAUCCGUUGGCUUUGAUGCGUGCAUGGGGACCAUGUUCAACACCCUGUGCAAUGGGGGUACGUUAGUCCUGGCCGACUCGGAUUCUCUGGCAGACCGCGCAAGAGAAAGCAGCAUCAUCAUUGCCACCCCUUCGAUCUUGGCGGCGCUCGGGCCCCCUACCCCCGCGAAGUAUUCGAAAUUGAGGCGCAUUGUCUUGGGGGGUGAGACUGCCUCAGAACAUCUGCUUGACCUAUGGGAUAGCAUACACGUACCGAUCUGGAUUGCCUAUGGGCCGACAGAGGCCACCUGCGCCGUCUUGACUCAGAGAUUACAGCGUGACCCACAAACGGGACGGUUCUCGCCCACGCGACUCGGGCAUCCGAUUCCAGGAUCCACGAUUAUGCUCUUAAACCCAACAGAUGAUAGCCUCAUUACUGAGCUCAAGACGCCAGGGGAGAUCGGGAUUGCAGGACCCUGUCUCUCGGCCGGCUACCUCGACGACGCGAUUCAAACCAGCGAGAAGUUCAUUCAUCUCGGUGGCCAUACAACAUACCGCACUGGGGACAUAGCAGAGUGGGUAGAGAACAUGGAUGGCACUCGUAUUCUGCAAUUCCAUGGGCGUGAAGAUCGCCUGAUCAAAAACCGGGGGUUCCUAGUCAACUUAGACCAGGACGUCGAUCAGGGGAUCAUCCGAUCGUGUCCCUCGGUGCAAGCGGCUUAUUCACUGAAGCUCAAUGGAAUGCUCUGUACAGCCAUCGUCAGCCCGCACCUGGAUACUGGAGAAGUUCUGACCACCUGGAAGUCAGCGGCCCUGCCCUACGCCGUUCCCGACCACUUCAUUCGGCUGCCCAAGCUGCCCUUGAGUUCCAACGGCAAAGUGGAUCCGCAUCAACUCUCAUCCAUUAUGGAGAAGAGGCUUCAAAAACCCCGGAAAGCCCAGAGAUCAAAGACUUCAUUCUCCCAAUUGAACCAGACGCCAAAGCAAAUUGUCCUGGCCUGGUUCCAGGAUGAGAUGAAGGUUCCUUCCACUGAGAUUGACUUGAAUGCUUCGUGUAUGUCAAUGGGAGUCAGUUCGCUCGCUGCAGUCAACCUAUCCUCCUUCUGCGGGCAGGCUGGUUAUGCAAUCUCCGUAGCUGAUAUUCUGGAAGCACCGUCACUCAAGCAGGUGUUUGCCCGAUGUAGAGCGCCACCAACCGCGCCGAGUAGCAAGUUCUCCAGCGAGCACACAGGUCUCGUGACGCAUUCAACCCUUAGCCCUCUACAGCACAAGAUGGUAUUGGAGACAAAGGUUGACCCCCGAGUGAAUUAUGCACAACACAUUUCCUACUAUCGCACCCAGGAUAUCAGGCGCAUCAAGAAGGCAUGGGAGACUGUGACGCGCGCAGAGCCGAUUUUUUGGACGGUCUUCACAGAAAGUGAAUCCGAUAUUAUUCAACAGGUGGUAACGGAGAGCCAAUUUCACUGGGAGGAACAGGCAGUUCGCACCUCACAGCAAGUCAAGAAACUUCAGGAUGAGAUUAUCAGACGAACCGCUCUAGGUAUGUCCGUUUUGGUACUACGCCACGAAGGGAUCGAGCUGCCACGCGGUGAAAGCAUGGUAGUGUGGACCACUCAUCGUGCUCUGUUGGAUGGAUUCUCAAGUCUCCUAUUGUUGAAGAAGCUGGAUCUGGCAUUUCAAGGACACGGAAUCAAACCCUCUAUUCCUUUUGCGCAAACAGGAAAAGAUCUGUACCAGCUCCGAGAACGGACAAAGAAUGAGGCAUCGAGGUUCUGGGAAGAUCGUCAAAAGGAGCUGUUAGAGUCCAAAGGCGAAUUCAAUAUUCCUGAUACAGUGUCCCAGGAUAGGCGUGGCCCGGUGAAUAUCGAGUAUGUUCACCCGGAACCUGUGGACCGAGUGCAACUGAACCAGAGGGCAAAACGAUUGGAGGUAACCUCGGCCUCGAUUCUACACGCCGCUUGGGCCUUGCUGGUCUCACUGUACUCUAAUUCCAGCCAGGUGAUGUUUGGGAUGGUUCUCUCGGGCCGGGACUUGCCUUUCACCUGGGCCCCGUCUGUGAUCGGCCCUUUAAUUAAUCAGCUGCCUUACAAUUGCGCAAUCAAAAGACAAAUGGCCGUGUCUACCUUCGUCCAGCGCGUUCAUAAGGACAUUCGAGACUACGCGCGAUUUCAGCUUUUUGAGAGCCCCGUGGGCACCCCGCCGAUUACCACCAUGCUCGUGGUGCAGGACAACGACAUGCGCAGGCCAUCAGUGAUCCUGCCCCCAUUGCGUGAACCACGCAUGAGAGAAACUACCAGCCUUCCCCUUGUCAUGGAGGUGCAAAGCGCAGGCGGGAUGCGCCUUGUGUACCGUAGUGAUCGGUUCACUGCUCCAACAAUACAGGACGUGGCGGCUAUCUUUCGAAACAUCGUUCACCUUCUUACCAGCACCGAUGACCGUCUCACUGUAGGGCAUUGCCUUCACCACAGCCUUCCAUCGCCCAUGCAUCACACUCUCCUGCAGCUGGGUAAUACCGAUCGACCAGAAUCACGAGUGACCAACGCUGGACCGACACUCGGCAGCAUAUUCCGGAACACAGUGAGUCAAUAUCCCGACCUCAUCGCUGUAACAAAGGACACAAUUUCCAUAACCUAUCGCCAACUACUCGACUCGGCUCAGCGCGUGGCUUCUGCCGUCCUUUCACACGCGCGCCCAGGAGAUGCCAUUGCCGUGAUUGCUGAUCGAUCCAUCAACUGGAUUAUCGGAGUUUGGGCUGCUGUGCUGGCUAACACGGCCUAUUGCCCGAUUGAUGCUUCAUUUUCAAUCGACUAUCAGGUAUCAUUGGUAAUGCAAAGCCGUGCCCCUCUAGUGUUAUUUCCAUCGUCAGAGCAACGCAGACGAGGGCGAUUCCAAGGCGUGACAGCUGUUGCAACUGAGGAAGUUCUACAGACCGCCAAAAUCCCCAUUAUGAGAUCGAGGCCGACACAAAAACCAAGUGAUGUGGCAUACGUCUGUUUUACCUCUGGGUCGACUGGGGUUCCCAAAGGUGUAAAGUGUCUUCACCGGGGAUUAGUGGCCCUUCAAUCCCGCGAGGAAUAUCGGGUCUUCAGCCGACCGGGACGUCGGAUUGCCCAGUUUCUCUCUCCUGGCUUUGGAGGUUGCGUAUUCGAGGUCUUUGGUACUUUGUGUUAUGGAGCCACUUUGGUGCUACGAGCAAAGGACGAUGACAUGUUGUCACAUCUGGGCCAGGUGGACGCCACCAUUCUUACCCCAUCCGUUGCCGCCGAAAUGGUUCCCUGGCACUUUCCUAACAUCAAAUUUGUCUAUUUUGCCGGCGAACCGGCCACAGAGCCCAUUGUCGCCCGCUGGUGGUCCCCAGAGCGGCAGCUGUACAAUGCUUACGGCUCUACCGAGGCUACGGUAAUGAAUACCCUAGGCCGACUGGCCCCCGAUUUGCCAAUAUGCUUGGGCAGUCCAGUCCCGUCCUCUCGGCUGUAUAUAUUGAACGAUGACGGGGAUCUUGUUCCACCGAAUACGGUCGGACACAUCCACAUUGCGGGUGUGCAGGUGAGUGAUGGAUACAUCAAUACGACAUUGCCAAAACAGAAUGAAUUCCAGCAAGAUCCUUUUGUCGAUGGGCACGAAAGAAUGUAUCGCACCGGAGAUUUGGGCCACUUUGACCACGAGGGCAAUCUUUGGUACUGCAGCCGCAAAGACCGCCAGGUGAAGGUCCGCGGAUAUCGAGUGAACCUGGACGACAUCACGCAUGCAGUCUACCGCCUGGUGCCCACAGUCCGCAAAGCCGUGGCGGUUCUGCGUGAAGAUAGUACAAUCGUGCUCGUUGUAUGCCCGGGUAGGGUGGAUGAGGCCGGUAUUCGUGAAGCCUUGCGCACCUCCCUACCGCCUCAUUAUCAGCCCUCUCAGAUACAGAUACUGGAUAAAAUGCCGACGACGAAAAAUGGGAAGAUGGAUCUACAAGCGCUGAAGAAGGUCAACCCCAGGAGAGACUCCGGGUCGAAACCGGACACGCGAAUCCACGCACUCAAUGGAACGGCAAGAGCUAUAGCUGAAGCCUGGAAACGCAUUCUAAGCCUCGAGCCCUCCGCUAAUAUAAACGGAGAAGAUGAUUUCUUUAAACUCGGCGGAGACUCAAUAUCAAUGCUCAAGCUGGCACGCGAGCUGAACGACACCUUUCAGAUUCGGGUGACGGUGCGGGAUGUCGUGUUGCGGUCUGUCCUGCGGGAUCUUGCGGCCUUGAUCGAUGCCCUCCCCAAAGCUUCACUCAGCCCAGAGGAGGCCCAAGGGAAGAACACCAGGCGCCUAGGAACCACCGGGUUGUCUCCUCCAGAGACAUUGUGGGUGCACUACUACACCACCUCUGAAUGUCAAAGCGCGUUCAAUGUUCCAUUCUAUGCUAGCCUUUCGCCACGCGUUGAUCUCCACAGGCUCGCCUCGAGCGUGGAGGAGACACUAAAUCGACACCGCAUCUUGCGGACUCGCAUCAAGAGGACUCGUAACGGGAACAUGCGCACCAUCUCGGACCAGCCCAUCGAGGUGGCAUAUGAGACGACCAUCGAUAUAGGGGAAUGGAUCAGUGAGCCGUUCCAACUUGAUCAAGGCUUGGUUCGAGCCGCCAUGACCAAAGAUACAUUGCUUCUCAAUUUCUCUCAUCUACUUUGUGACAAUGACACCCUGACACAUCUCCUGCAGGAGAUUGGGAACUUGUAUCACGGUAAACGAAUACCUGCUGUGAAGCGUGAAUACUUCGACGAGGAACCCUGGUCCUUCCCGGUGCCACUGCCAAAAGAGUUAGAAGCCUUCUGGAGCGCCCAUCUAACGGGCCUUGAGGUUCCACGUUCUCUAGCGGUGCAGCGAGCCCGUUCUUACCGUGGAGCCUCCGUGCAAUCCAUAAUCCCCGUAUCAUCAGCAAAACGUCUCCGGGAGACCUGUGCGGAUUGCCAUGUAUCGCUGCGACAUUUUGCUCUAGGUGUUGUAGCGAUCACUUUGCAGACACUAGCCAAUACCCGAGACGUCGUACUCGGAUGCCCAUACAUCAACCACUCCAAUGAAGCAGGCGCAGACACGAUCGGACUCCACCUGGAGCCGCUGCCUCUUCGCUUCAGGGUGGCAGAUUCCUCAGAGUCAACACAGACAGUUGAACAUCUACUGCGGGCGGUGGAAACGACAGCGCAGUCCGCCGUAGCGCAUGCGGUCCCGUGGCAUGCGUUGCUAGCGCUGUUGGGACUCCCAUUUCCCUCCACUCACGAAGCCGUUUUUGACUGCGCCGUCACCUUUCGAGAGGAGCGCAGUGUUGAGGAUGGCCAGCAGCUCCCGGACAUCGAUGGAUUGGUGCCUCACCCAGUCUCGCCCGAUGGCGCGAUCUUUGCUCUCCUGUUCGAGUGGCGUUUCACGGCCGAUGAGCAGGGGGUGUCGCUGCGGCUGGGCUAUAACACGGAUCUUCUGACUCAUCCUUUGAUGGAUGCACUGGUCCAGGUGCUAUGCGUCGCUCUGGAUAACAUGCUUGAUCUCAAUCUGACGCAGACGCGGUUGCGACACGUGCUACGACAAGCCCUAGACGACGCUUGUCUGCGCGCGGGGGUGGAACCUCACUCGGUGCGGGAUUUGGCGCGCAAAAGUUUGAUCGGAGCUGUUCCGGUCGAUGUCUGACCUUAUUAUGUCUGACUAAAGAAUGUACUGUGUAUUUAAGGUGAUUCGAAUAAUUAGUUGAAUUGAAAUAGUUGUUUGAUCUGCCAUGGAUGAACCAAAGUUCUCGACUUAAACCCCGAAUAGCCUGGAGUGGUGAUGUGAUAAAUGGUAGUCUGAUGCUGAGCUCGAUCGGACCAGUUGAGUUGGUCUACAAUCUGGGCCGGCGAUGCCAAGGUUUGCUCUCUAGGUUUGUGAAUGAUGCAAAGGCAGGUUGACUCAUUUUCAAGACACAAAGUCCGAGUGGAAACUUUUGGAGAAGCUAGUGUGGA